AUGAGGAGGUUUGGCUACUGCCGGGUGGUGCUGGCCACGUCCCUGCUCUGGGUGCUGCUGGACGUCUUCUUGCUGCUCUACUUCAGCGAGUGCAACAAGUGCGACCGGCCCAAGGAGCGCUCCCUGCUCCCGGCGCUGCGCGCCGUUAUUUCCCGGAGCCAGGAGGGCCCGGGGGAGAUGGGCAGGGCCGUGCUCAUUCCCAAGGAGGAGCAGGAGAAGAUGAAGGAGCUGUUCAAGAUCAACCAGUUCAACCUCCUGGCCAGCGACCGCAUCGCCCUGAACCGCAGCCUGCCCGACGUGCGGCUGGACGGGUGCAAGAGCAAGGUGUACCCGGAGGAGCUGCCCAACACCAGCGUGGUGAUCGUGUUCCACAACGAGGCCUGGAGCACGCUGCUCCGCACCAUCCACAGCGUCCUGGAGCGCUCCCCGCCGCGCCUGCUGGCCGAGAUCGUCCUGGUGGAUGAUGCCAGCGAGAGAGAGUUCUUGAAGGCGUCCUUGGAGAAUUACGUGAAAAAGCUGGAAGUGCCCGUCACAAUCCUGCGGAUGGAGCAGCGCUCGGGGCUGAUCCGGGCGCGGCUCCGAGGGGCAGCGGCUUCCCGGGGCCAGGUGAUCACAUUCCUGGAUGCCCACUGCGAGUGCACCCUGGGCUGGCUGGAGCCUCUGCUGGCCAGGAUCAAGGAGGACAGGAAAACCGUGGUGUGUCCCAUCAUCGACGUGAUCAGCGACGACACCUUCGAGUACAUGGCGGGCUCGGACAUGACCUACGGGGGCUUCAACUGGAAGCUGAAUUUCCGCUGGUAUCCCGUGCCCCAGAGGGAGAUGGAUCGCCGGAAAGGGGACCGCACCCUGCCCGUCAGGACCCCAACUAUGGCUGGUGGCCUGUUUUCUAUUGACAGGAACUACUUUGAAGAGAUAGGAACUUACGAUUCGGGAAUGGAUAUCUGGGGUGGCGAGAAUCUUGAAAUGUCCUUUAGGGUGUGGCAGUGCGGCGGCUCCCUGGAGAUCGUCACCUGCUCCCACGUGGGCCACGUGUUCCGCAAGGCCACCCCCUACUCCUUCCCGGGGGGCACCGGCCACGUCAUCAACAAGAACAACCGGCGCCUGGCCGAGGUGUGGAUGGACGAGUUCAAGGAUUUCUUCUACAUCAUCUCCCCCGGGGUGGUGAAGGUGGAUUACGGAGACGUUUCCGUCAGGAAAGCUCUGCGGGAGAGCCUGGGGUGCAAGCCCUUCUCCUGGUACCUGGAGAACAUCUACCCCGACUCGCAGAUCCCGCGGCGCUACUACUCCCUGGGAGAGAUCAGGAAUGUUGAAACCAACCAGUGCUUGGACAACAUGGGCCGCAAGGAGAACGAAAAAGUAGGAUUUUUCAACUGCCACGGCAUGGGAGGGAACCAGGUGUUUUCCUACACGGCGGACAAGGAGAUCCGUACGGAUGACCUGUGCCUGGACGUGUCGCGCCUCAACGGCCCCGUGCUGAUGCUCAAGUGCCACCACCUGAGGGGCAACCAGCUCUGGGAGUACGACGCCGAGAAGCUCACCCUGAGGCACCUGAACAGCAACCAGUGCCUGGCGGAGCCAUCGGAGGAGGAUCGGCUGGUUCCCACCAUGCGGGAAUGCGGGAGCGGCCGCUCCCAGCAGUGGCUGCUGCGCAACAUGACCCUGGGAGCCUGA